UUCGGACAAAACAGACAUUUCACUCUCUCUCUCUCUCUCUAGUAAGUAACUAACAGCAGUUAACAACCUUUUUUAGUCUUCUCAAACGACAUCGUUUGUUUCACCUUUUUAUAUAUAUAGUACUAAACUAAAUAAUCACUCUCCAAUUCCUUAAUUUUCUCUAGAGACUGGAGUGGAGAGCAGAAAGCUAAGCUGAAAAAAAAAAAAAAAAAAAAAAAAACAUGAUGUGUUUUAGAGGAGGAGUGUCUACGGUGAUGAUCGCUAUCUACGGGCCGUUGAUCUUGAUGACCUUGACCAUGAUGAACGCUGACCAUUCAGAAUCCCACGAAUUGCGACCGUCGGAUCACGGCCUGGAGUUCCAGACCAACACUCCCAGCUCAUCAGACUCAGAGAAGUCACCGCCGCCGGAGAUGAUGUCGUUUUUCGGCAACUCUUCUUCUACCUCGUCCGACGUGGCAAUGCCCAAAGCCCUGAAUUCCAAUUCCUCCUCCUCCUCCGCCGCCGGCGACGACGACGACACGUCGUGGUGGGGCAACAACGCUGGUCGCGGUAAGAGUAAAGACCACGUGAGGGACGUGUUGUUGGUGGGCAGUGUAGCUUGUGGUUUAACCGGUGUCGUUUUGUUAGUGAUUUCUGCUUUGCUUUAUAUCUUCAAGUUUCGAAAACAAAGAUCGCCGUCGCCACUGCCACAACAACAACCACCACCGCCAACACUAGCACUGCCAUCGUCAGCAGCAUUAUCUUGUCAUGAUAAUGAUAGUGGUAAUAAACUACAAAUAGUAGUCCGUGAUUCUUAUUAAAUUCUGCUUUCUUUUUACUUUCAAUUUUUUUUAAUGUUUACUGUUUUGGUAGUGUGCUAAUUCUAUGUGCCACGUUCUGUAAAGUGAAAAAAAGAAUAUAAUACUAUAAUAAUAAGCUACAUAUAUAUCUUUUUGGUA